AGAGCAGCAGCAGCAGCAGCAGCAGCUUCCCUGGGCAGCGCUCGGCGAUCAGCGACUGGCAGGGACCUUCCAUUUGCAACAAGCGGAUAGCGGCGAUGGGGCAGGGCGACGGCAGCCGUCCGCUGCAUUGAGCGCCCGACGUUGGUGCCGUCCGGGUUAGCCAGCCUUGCCCUCUUUUCAGCCCGAAAAGGCUGCCGGACACUUUGGGGGGAGAGAGGGAUCGCUGCCCCGCCUGCGUUCUCCCCCGGCGCAACUUUGCGGAGCGGAUUCUUCCCCCGCCCCUUUCCGAUCCAUCCAUGCCCCGACCUGAACUUUAGCUGCCCGGGGGCUCCGCGGAGGGAGCCACCCAAAAGCUCGGAAGCCGCCAAUAUGAUUUGAAAGCCCGGGGGGCGGGAGCCGAAAAGGGGGAGAGCGCGACUGCUGAGGUGGGGGGAGACUUCGGAAGAUGAGCCACGCAGAUCUUACAAAGCCACCACUGGCCCCCAAACCAAAGAUCUUCAGUCAUCUGGCUUCCAUAGCUGCUUCCAAAUUUCCUCCGUCACUAUCAAGGGCUGGCACACUUCAUAAUUCAAACUCUAUGUCUAGGGGUCCAAAACCACCCAUUGCUCCCAAGCCAAAAAUCUCUGCUGACAACGAUCCAGCAAUUUUACAGAGAUCCAGCAUUUAUGCUAAUAAUACCUUUAACAAAUAUCCCACUGAAAAACUGGAAGCUGAACUGUAUGAAGAAAACCAGUGCAAUAACACGGGGUGUCCAGAAUCAGAAGACGGCAAUGCAUACAUUGUAAUUCCAGAUGUUGAACUGACUGAUAAAACAUACAGUGACUUUGAGCCAGCCGAGAACGAGAUUUUGCACACUCUUGAAUCAGUAGGUGAGGAAGAUGGUAAUUGUACGGAUAGCAAUGAAGUAUACGAUGAUGGCCCAAUAAAUGUAAUGAAGAACAAGGAUACUGAAUCGGUGGGAGACAACUCUCUGGAAUCAAUUGAAAUCCCAGCACUUGACUGCCAGGAACCAUUCGAAAGGGAAAAAGAAGAUGCUACAAGAGAUGAAUAUGAAAAAGUGGACGGUGAAAAUCCUCCCAGUGAGACCAAAAUGAACUGUGCAGAUGAAACUCUAAGCAAACUGGAUUUGGUAAACGAUGACAAUGACUUCAGCAAAAUAUUGAAUGGGGAAUCUUUGAAAGAAACUAUAUACGAUGAUAUCAUUUUAAGGCAUUUAGAGGAGCCAAUAUCAGCAGGGGAAGGUCUGCCUCCAAUGUGCAAAGGUUUAGAUGCAGUACAGUUUUUAGAAGAGGAACAAUUAAAUACUGAUCUAGAAUUGGGCCCAGCAAAUCACAACGAUAACGAUUCAGCCUCAAGUAGAGAAAGAGAAUUUAUAGAAGAUGCUGAUGUAAAUACUGACACUCACAUUGCUAAUGAAGUGGACACGAGGUUAGAACCAAGAGGGUCUGAGCUUGGUAUUGAAGAGACUUUUAGCGGGGCCACAAAUGAAAUGGAUGAAAAGGAAGAUGAAAUAGACCUAUAUGCUGAGGGAGAAGAUCUUGACAAGGUUUGCCAAACUGCUGAAAUGAAAAAUGUGGUAGAAAUACUAGAGACUGAACGUGAAUCAGGGGAAGGUUCUGAAGAACAAAUUGAGAUGAUAGAUACAGAGAUGAUGGACGAUAGCUGCCAGAUCAUUCCCUUUGGAAAUGAGGGCGGUGAGGAUGCUCAGGAUUCUCCAGAUGAAGAUUUGGGUGAAGAUUUGUCAGGAAAAGAGACUGACAUGCCUGAUAAUAACCCGUCCCUCAGUUCUGAAGAUACUAAUGGGCACAAAUCUGACUCGCAGCUUGGAAAAGAAUCUAAGUCAGAUGUUUUACUUGGAGUUCACAGUGUGAGUGAAUGUUCUUUAGAAGAUACACAUUUGGAUCAUCAAAUACUCGAGGUGGAUCAUAGCAAUAAAGAGGAAACUGCCCCAAAUCUAACCAGAGAAAUAUCAAGUGAAAAUUCUGGGCUUUCUAUUGGAGAAUUGGCUACACUAGAAGCAAACUCAGCCAAUGAACAUGUGAUUAAGGAAGACACAGUGGAUUCCAAAGUGUCGGAUGUGCCAGAUAACAAUGGAGAAGUAGCCAGUGAUUCCCUAGAUGACCCAUAUGUCCUUGGAGACCGUUUGCCUACAACAAAUGAAAUUUUUUAUGCUGGAAGAGAAAUGCAGGAGGCUGAUAUCCAAAACAGCUCAAGUGAUUUCAGGGAGGGAGAGAACACAGAAAAUGAAAACCACUUGCUUUCCAUAGAUCGGAAAAACAUUGUUACUAGAACAAGGUCCCACUCUGGGAAAGUACCGGGUUAUGUGCCAGAAACAGUUCCAGAAGAAACAGGGACAGACACCGAAUUGCAGACCUUGAGCACAAGCACCAUUAUGCCUGAAAAUGUAAGACACAGUUUCUGUUGGGCAGAAGGAAAACCUAUAGAACUGGCUAGAACGCUGCCAGCAAAGCCAAGACGCUUCAUUUUGUACCCUCGAUCUUAUUCAGUGGAAGGCAGAGACAUCCCUGUCUCUCUGUAUCGAGAAACCGAUAACUCUAUAUUAGAUUAUAACAGAUUAAACAGGACAGAUGAGCUGUCUUUACCAUAUGUAAUUGGUUCCUCAGGUAGUUUUUCCCAGAGGAAUCACCUUACAUCCAGUGGGGUUUCCACUCCUUCCUCUGUUGUCGAUAUUCCACCUCCCUUUGAACUAGCCUGUAUCACCAAGAAGCCCAUCACAAAAAGCUCCCCGUCCCUUUUAAUAGACAGCGAAUCUCCUGAUAAGUAUUGCAAGAAGAAGAAGUCCUCGUUUAAAAAAUUCCUCACUUUGAAAUUCAAGAAGAAGGCAGAAAACAAAGUCCAUGUAGAUGUUCAUGUUUCUUCUUCAAGAUCCUCCUCUGAGUCGAGUUAUCACGGACCUUCCAGGGUGAUGGAACUGGACAGAAGAAGCUUGAGUAGUUCACCUCAGAUGUUAUCCCGGACUGCCAAACUGAGGGCUUCCGAGUCUCCAACUGUUCUUUUCUACAAGGAUGGCAAGAGAAAAGGGACACCCAAAAUGUUUAGCAGAAGUGUGUCAAGGGUAGAAUCAUUUGAAGAUCGUUCGAGACCGCCUUUUAUGCCGCUGCCUUUAACGAAGCCCCGGUCUAUCUCAUUUCCCAAUGCUGAUACUUCUGACUAUGAGAAUAUCCCAGCCAUGAAUUCUGAUUAUGAAAAUAUACAGAUACCUCCCCGAAGGCCCACUAGGGCAGGAACCUUUACUGAAUUUUUUGAAGAUCCUAGCAGGGCCUUAUCUGCUGCAAAUGAGAAUGACGGCUAUGUGGAUAUGAGCAGCUUUGCAGCCUUUGAAAACAAUAAACAGCAAACCACCAACCAGGAAACAGAAAGUGCUUAUACAGAGCCUUACAAGGUGUGCCCCAUCUCUGUAAUUCCUCUUGAAGAUGUCACAUCUGAUGAGGAACAGAAGAGUUCAGAAGAUGAAGACAGUAAUCAAGGAGAUUCCAAUAUCAUGCACAAGAAAGAAGGGCAAUCCAGAGCUCAACUUGUCGCCCAGGAACUUGUGUCAUCAGAAAAAGUGUAUGUGGAGAUGCUCCGGCUGUUACAUACGGAUUUCCAUGAAGCUGUCUUAAAAGUGCUGGGAGAUGAUAGUGAUAAUAGCGAUCAUGAAGAAACAAAACUUAAGGAAGGACUGAAGGAAAUCCCAAAAAUCUACAAUCUACACCAAGAAAUACUGGGGGAACUGGAAGAAAAAGUUCUUAACUGGGAAGAACAUCAGAAAGUGGCUGAUAUUUUCCUCUCCAGAGAAUCAGGAUUUAAUCACCACACAACUUACAUAAUGCAGUUCGAUAGGAAUUUGGCUUUGCUGGAUGAUGUUCGCCUUAAAUCUUCCCAGCUGGAUACUGUCAUUAAAGAGUUUGAGCAGGUUCGUGAUGGCAGUCCCUGGAAUGUGAAACACCAGCUCUUGAAAGUGGUGCAGCGCGUAUUCCAGUACCAUGUGCUACUCACAGAUUACUUGAAUAACCUCUGCCCUGAUUCUGCUGAAUAUGAAGAUACACAAGCGGCCUUGCUCAUCAUAUCAGAACUUACAGAUAGAGCCAAUGAUAGCAUACAACAAGGGGAAAAUUUGCAGAAAUUGGUACAUAUAGAGCACAGUGUCAAGGGACAGAGCAAUCUUCUACAACCAGGAAGAAUAUUUCUGAAAGAAGGGACAUUAAUGAAAGUGUCUGGGAAAAAUAGGCAUCCUCGACAUUUAUUCUUGAUGAAUGAUGUCCUGCUGUAUACAUAUCCCCAGAAGGAUGGCAAAUAUUGCCUUAAAAAUACAUUGGCUGUGUCUGGCAUGAAGGUCAGCCGUCCAGCAACAAAAAAGGCUCAGAACGUUCUGAAGAUUGAAUACGCUGAAAAUUGCCUAACCCUAUCUGCAAGCUCAUGCUCUGAAAGGGAUGAGUGGUACAGCUGCAUCAGCAGAAGCAUCCCAGAAGGCCAUGGGGCUCACAGCGGAGGCGGCUUCCACAACAGUGUUGAACUUAGGGAAAGACUGGGAAUGUCUUUGGGUGAGAGGCCACCAACUUUGGUACCUGUAUCUCACGUCAUGAUGUGUAUGAGCUGUGGUUGUGACUUUAAACUCACACUGAGGCGUCAUCAUUGCCAUGCAUGCGGGAAGAUUAUAUGCCGAAAUUGUUCAAGAAACAAGUAUCCUCUGAAGUACCUCAAAGACCGACUAGCAAAAGUUUGUGAUGGCUGCUACACAGAACUGAAAAGCAGAGAGCGGCCGAUAAGCAUCAGCUUCCCUACAAGUUCAUCCAGGUUUUCAGGCAGUGCCUUCUCUUCUGUGUUCCACAAUAUCCACUACUCUUCCUUCAAAAGACAAAAGAAAAUUCCUUCAGCUCUUUUGGAGGUGGCGGCUUCAGGAGAAGGUUCCUCUAUCAAUGGGUAUCUCAGUAGAUGCAAGAGAGGGAAAAGGCACUGGAAAAAGUUGUGGUUUGUUAUCAAAGGAAAGGUGCUCUACACAUACACAGCAAAUGAAGACAAAGUCGCCACUGAGAGUAUGCCUUUGCUGGGUUUCACAAUUGUCCCAGAAAAGGAAGAUCGAAAUAUGGAUGCAGUUUUCCAUCUUUACCACAAGCAAACUCUGUUUUAUAGCUUCCGAGCAGAGGAUAAUAAUUCAGCACAGAGAUGGAUUGAAGCCAUGGAGGAAGCAUCUAUAUUAUAGCAUCAUCCAAGUGGAUUCUGAUUUAAUGCAAGAUUACCCAUAUAUUGAAAAGAACAAUAUAUAUAAUCUAAAUCUGGCUAAACAUCUGAAAAAGAAUAUGUAGAAGCCUAUAAUUUUCCAUUCUUAAACCUAUCUCCUUGCUGAUGGAAACAAAACAAAGGGAAUAUUUAUGGACCCUUUUUAUCUUUGCAGGUUUAUCACUAAACUGUGCUCUCAUCUAACAGUUGCAUCAUGUUUUCAAGAAGUUAAACAUAUGCAUUUCUUCUAAAAGAGUUGUUUUCUCAUAACUCUGUUUUAUUUUAAGAUAACAAUUUGAUUUGUGCCAGUCAUAAAACUGAGGGUUUUUUUACAUUAAAAUUUUGUUGCCUUU